UGGACUAGGUGAUUUGCAACGGUUGCCCCAUUCAUUCGUUUGCUCCGCGACAUGUGAGAGGAGAAAUAAUGUGGUUGGACGGAGAGGGCUCCGGAGAGGGCUCACGGAUUGUCAUGGAUAGUCAGUUAGCUCUCUGGGUCCUUUCUCUCAAUAUGCUUUCAAUAAUACCCAACGUGUGUUUCCAUGGCUCCAUGAUAUGCUCUGUUUGUGCUUCGUCAUGGCUGGGUUGAUGUGGGGAGACGUAUGUAGGUAUCCAUGGCUGCCCAGGUCGGUCGAGGCGAUAAUAGGACGUGAGCCUGGACACACGAUAUGUCGCCAAGAGUCAGGCCGGCCAAGAUAUGAUGCCAGACUCAGCUCUGUUUGGUCCAACCGCCUCCUGGCCCACGGACGGCUGCCGAGAGCCCCCUUGUCCGUCUUUCCCCAGACAAAUGAGGGGACUGGAUUCUGCUUCAACCGCAGAAACAGCACGAGGCCUGGCAUUGGUGUAGCACCCAGAGUGGUGCCCGACGAUAUUCCUCAGAUUAACAUUGCAGUAUGCAGGUCGAGACCCAACAAAAACGAGCAGGGUACAGCACACCGGCCGGGGAGAAAUUGAGCGAGAGAAGGUGUCCUCGGGCAAGACAUUCACGGGCUUAUUCCCUUCGGGCGUGAUGGCAGCCCGCCGAUCGGCAACGGUCCAACGCUACGACGGUUUGAACGGAGGAGAAAGAGAGACGAAAAAAAAAGAUCC